AUGGCUCUUUUUUUCUGGAAGUUGACCCAUGAGUAUGCACAUCUCCUGAAGUUUCAGUCAGCAAUUUAUACUAUAAGGUGUAGCCCUCUGAUUGUAGCUGUUUCUCUGGCUUCCCAGAUAUACUGUUUUCAUUCUGCAACUUUGGAGAGAGAAUAUAUUGUAUGCACCCAUCCUAUAGUUUCAAGUAUCAGCUAUGGGCCACUUGCUUUGGGCUCAAGAUGGUUGGCUUACUGUGGAGAUCCAGUUGUUGUUUCAAGCAUUGUUCGUGCCAUCCCACAUCAGAUGACUCUUGUUACAGGUUUGCCAACAUCUCUGCCAAAUGGGGAACCAGAUGGCCAACUUUGCCAAAGAAUCAACAAGACAACUUGCUGCUGGAGAAAAAAUAUUGGAACGGUUAUAGUUCGUGAUGUGGUAUCUAAGUCUGUGAUAGUGCAGUUUAGAGCACAUGAAAGUCCUAUUUCUGCAUUGUGCUUUGAUCCUACAGGGACUUUGUUAGUGACAGCUUCCAUUCGUGGUCACAACAUCAAUGUUUUUCAUAUAAUAGUCCCAUGUCCAAGUGGACGUUCAUUUGGAUCUGAUCCAGUAGGGACUUGCACGCAUCUGUACAGGUUGCAACGUGGCAUCACAAAUGCGAUUAUUCAAUGCAUCAGUUUCAGCAAUGAUAACAAGUGGAUAAUGGUCAACUCUUCAAGAGGAACAGGUCAUUUGUUUGCAAUACCUCAUUAUGCAAAUCUCCACUUAAAUGAUAUGAAGGAUACUGCUAACAGCUAUAGAUCGGACCUGAUAUAUAAGGUGUCAGUGGAUUGCCCAAAUAGCUCAUGCUCGCUCAAGAGUUGA